GUACUCUAUCGAGCUGUGUCUAAGAACUGCCUGCCUAUCCGUAUGCAUGCAGCACUGUUCCUGUACGGCUAGGUCGAUCUUGAAGCAUGCUUGGAUUCGCAACCUGGAGCAUUCCUGGCAUUUACGCGCUACGCUGGAGUGGGUGUCGUGCAGUCGACAGAGCGGUGACCCAGUCGCUGUAGGCGAGAUGGUGUUGGUGCGCCUGAACGUGACCGGCAGCACAGUGCUGAUGGGGUUCAUGAUGUGCGACGAGCAUGGCUGUAACAAGAUGGAGCUGUGGGGAGUGUCCGAAAAGCACCGCAUCAGCUUCAAGAACUUUGUCGACUGCGGGGCGGAUGGCUACGGCGGCGUCCAAACGGCGAAGAGCCCCUCGAUCGACAGGGAGUUCCUCCCAUCCUUCUUGCUAGUGCUCUCUCGCCAUGAUGAGGUUGUGUCCCUCUGGCUGCAAGAAGCACCGGAAGCCGUCGUCACUUUGCCCAUCUCGCGCGAACAGCAGCGUCUCUACAUCAAAGAUCACUGGAUGGAAAGUCUGUCACCGGGCAGUUUCACGUUCGAGUUUCUCGAGGAUAAUUCGUGGAGAAGAGAAUGCUUCAAUGGCGGUUGGUACAACAGGGCUCUCGGGGCGUGCUCGUGUCCUCCUGGUUUUGACGGCCUUUCCUGCGAAAUAGCCUGUGGUCCUGACCGUUACGGCGCAGCGUGCGCGAGGGCGUGUUCCGGCACGGCGAGGGGUUGCCGCCGCAGUCUGCUCGUCUGGGACUGCGACACGGGCAGUGGCUGCAAAAUCUGCGCUGCGGGCUUCCACGGCAACCUCUGUGACAAGAUUUGUGGUGCUGGGCAAUACGGAUCGGGCUGUUUCCAAAAGUGUGGCCAGUGCCACUCCGCCAGCCCAUGCGAUGUGUACACGGGGCGGUGUCCGUCGGGCUGCGCCGCUGGGUACCACGGAGCAACCUGCCACCACGAACUCACUCAUCUUAUCAUUGGGCCAAACAUAACGUCAGUGUCAGGCACCUCGUUCAGUGGCCAUUUCUACACUACGCCUGAAAACUUGGAGGGAUCUGAGGCGGUGAUGUAUUACGAAGUGCAAUAUAAGCUGGUGGACAACAUGGAAGGGCAGUGGGUGACUGGGGUGCUGGCGCAUCUAGGAAACUCGAGCGCAACGCUGGAGGCGGGUGCUGGCAGUGUUCCUCACUUCUAUAACUUCACGGUGGACGGGCUGCGGCCGGGUCAGGCUCUGGACGUGCGCGUCGUUCUGCUUGACCGUCAACUGCAAGGCUUCAGUGCCGUGCCGCACGUCCGGGUAACAACGCACGGCGAGAGAUUUAUUUUCGACUUGACUGUUUUCGAGGUGACAUCGCAUGGAGCGAAAGUGGCUUGGACUUCGUCUGGAAACCAGACAUUUGUCGUGCGAUAUGCGUGCGAGAGGCUCUUGGCGUGCCCAGAGAGCUGCUUUCAUUCGAGAGACUGGCUGUUUGUCGACGGACGCAGUGCCACACUGACCGGUCUACUGCCGGGUGCCGUGUACAACGUGCUAGUGUCUUCCUCGAAGGACGAACUGCAGAGAGAGUCGGCAUCUAUCGUCACGGCAUUCGCAGUUCCUGACGUGCUCAUCGAUCCGGUGGCCGAUGCGUGUGAAGCCUGCGACACUACCAGUGUUGCUGUUGGUACCGGAGUAGUCAGUCGCACCAACACUUCGGCUACGGUGCAGUGGACGCCACCACGAGACUGCGCUCGCCUGAACGGGCCGCACACCGGCUACCACUGGCAGCUGCUGACGAUCUCUUGCCCCGACGACGGUUGCCCUCAGCGAUCAGGCACCACGAGGAGUACGUCCGUGGUUCUUCUAGAUCUACUCCCAAGCACGUUAUACGAGUUGAGAGUCUCCUUAGUAAACACAGUGGGAUUUAACCCUUUGCUGUACGCCAGCAUUUAUUUUAAUACGUGUGGAAUCAUUACAAAUUAGUUAUCAAUAGGCGCAUGUCAGCAAGAGCUGCAUGAACAUGAUAGGCCACUCAGGUUAUGAUUCCUGCCCUCGUUGGUUUGUCAGAGGGGAAAAGUCAGCUAGAAUGAGUAAUGUCAUGGUCUUUCCUCAUCAAGAACUUUUGGAGCCUUGAACGGAAGAAAACUAUUUUGAGAGAUUUUUUUCUUAGAGAUAUUAUUUUGUACAUUUGUUUGCCUAAGAUAGAAGAUCUGAUGAAAAGUGAGUAUUAUGAAAUUGUAUCCACACAGUAAAUGUCUUACGGUGAAAGGCUGCACCAACAUAAUAUGGUGGAUGUUUUCUCCAUAAUACCAACGAAAUUCGUCAAAAUCUCUAUAAGGUACAGUGAAUUCUCAAUGGUAUGUUACGAAGUCAGCUGCACCACCAUAAUAUGGAACAUUUUCACCAUAAUAUGGAGAAUCUUCACUGUACAACAUUUAGAGUGCAUGUUGUUGGAGAGGCUCGGUCUCGUGAAAAGUGCUAGUGUUUCUGGCGCUGAUCUGAAAAAGCAGACCAGCUUUUGUGUAAAUUUUGGGAAGCAUUUGAAAUCCUUUAUCGUGUGACACAUGUCUUCAUGUAUAUCUGUUACGGCAUUUAAGUCAGUCCGUUAAAGUAACAGGAAAUCUUCUGAUCACACACUGUUACUUGUAAGAAGGUUUCAAUGGAGAGAUGGUGAACCUUGUUCAUGGUACAACUCAUGCUCCAGUCCAAGUACACUCUCGCUUCUCUUCGUCAGCAAAGCUACAAUCAAUGAUUGCUAGUAUGAAAUCUGAUUCUUCAAAAUCUUUCUGAGUUAAAAUGAUGUCUCAUUCUAUACAUGUAAACUAAGUGAGAAAAUUUCAAGUGGAAUUUUUGUUGGGGGCUAGAAUCUGGUAGCCAGUUUGAAAAGACUCUGAGGGAGUUUAUGGUAAUUUUGUUUCAAGAUGAAACUUUUCAUUUUCAAACUUUUAAGCGCUUGUACAAGGAUAUAAUUUUGUACACCAGAGUCAGUUGUUCCAAAGGGUCCAGAAUAUCCCACUAUUGUAAGUACAAGUGUAAUGCAGGUGUUGCUUAUGAAAAUAUUUUAACCUUUGUGAAAACAUCUCUUAAUGUCCAGUGUCCAGUGCUUCGCUCUGAUUUCAAUGUCAGUAGUGAAUAGCACUACAGGUGUAAAUGCCAGAUAUCACGAGGACUGUGAUUUAUCAGACUGUACAACAGAAUUGGUACCUGUCAUCAAUUUAAUUAAUGUUUGCUUCUGAAUUGCUGUAAAGGAUCGCAAAUAUUAAACAGAGCCACUCAACUCA